AUGGACAAACUGCGGCCAUCGCCGCGACCAAGAAACUUCGAGUUGUAUCGGCUCUUCGUGGUUCUCCUGCUCUUAUGCGGCGUCGUCAUUGUGCUUCAAACGUCAUCGCUGUUUGAAGCUUCAAAGAGUCGACUACUCAGUAGCUCGCGACUGCAGCGAGCCUUCGAGCUCCGGACGUCGUGGCGUCGGAGCGAUGAGGAUGAAGCGUACGAGCCUUCGGCUGGUGCUGGUGAUCUGAAUGAAGUAUCCGAUGAAGAUCUACUGCAUUUAAGCCUUCUACACGAACACUGUGUAUCGGAUAACAACGGAUCGCUGUCUUGGGAGCUCGGUAGUCCAGGACAUCAACUACCCAACGCCACAGCUAGCAACCCAGAAGUUGUGAUGCAUCAAAACGACCCAAAUCUACUGGAAAAGCUACGCAAAUGUCCCGAUGUGGACAUCUUCCUACCGACAGAUCUACAUGGCAAUGGAUAUUGCGAGGACGCUGUAGCGUACGCGAAGUAUUUAAACUCUCGGUUGCUGCCUAAAUGGGCACUGGAAGUUAAACUGUAUGAUCCGUAUCAAGGACUCGAAGUUGACUACUUCGAUUUGUGUCCCAAAACGCCCAUAAUCUUCUUCAAUCACUACUGGAGCGACGUACCUUCGAUGCCUCGUUGGCCCAAAGAUAAACCGAUCUAUCUGAUGCCAAACAUUGAGAUGUUCGAGUUAACUGCAGAACAUUACUGGAGAGUGGACGUGGUACUGUGUAAAACACAGACUUGUUACGACCGCGUGACACUUUGGUACGAGCAAGAGGGAAAUCCACGCAGCACAUCCGUGUUUUACACCAAACAUACGUCUUCUGACCAAGCACACUUCGCGCGCAAACGAAUGGGUGAGCGUGUCAUUCGACCGAGGGAUUUCUCCAACAUCAAAUUUAUUCAUACUGCCGGUACCAGCUCUGCAAAAGGCACAAGAGAACUAAUGGAAUGUUGGGUAUUUGUACCGGGUUUACCUCAACUGGACGUUUAUAUCGACGAAAAGCCAUUCAACUUCUUGUUUAAACCCAAAUUCAAGAUGUACCUCAAGUUCAGUCGCAGUCCCGUCAACGUUCACGUAGGUUUUGUUGAACGUCCACAGUUUACCAAGUUGACGGCUGAUACUACGUUCUUCAUGUGUCCAAGUGUAAGUGAAGGGUAUGGGCACUAUAUCAACCAAGCACGUGCCGCUGGAGCUGUCGUCGUCACGACCGACUUGGCUCCAAUGAAUGAGCUAAUUACGAAGAAGACGGGUUUCUUGAUCCCAGUGGAGACACGACAACACCCAAAGAUGCUGAUGGGAGGAGCUUAUAGAGGGCAGCAUGGCUUAAGAGACGUUGGCGGACUUGUGGCAACGUUCCGAGGUCCCGACAUCUGUGAAGUGGUUCGAGAAAUGAUGACGUCAACUACAACAGAGCAGCGAGUUACUAUGGGUGCCAACGCCCGUCGAGCGUAUCAUGAAGACACCAAGUUCUUCGCCAACGCAAUGCAAGAGCUACGACAGUUCGCAAGACGCAGUUAUUGA